AUGUCUAAACGCGGGGCUGAAGUUGGAGAUGUUCCAAAUGAGGAAGGAAUGGAUAUAACAAUGGCUCAUUCAGAACCAAUGUUGAGCAGAAGUGAUGUUGGUGAUGAACAAGAAUUGAGUGAAAUAGAAAAGAAAGUGUUAGACGGUGACUCUACUUGGGUUCCACAUAGCCUUGAUGGCCCAGAAUGCAAGAUUCAUGACACUGAACCAGCAACAACUCCAGGACAUGCAAGAGUUCUUCAGAAAAUACCUACGGUUACAGCUGGUGUAGGCACGAGAGCGGAAGAAUUUGAAGAAUCAGAGGUGGUGGAUGAUUCAGGAUACAUAUAUGCUAUUAGAGAGCAGUUAGGAAGGAAACGUUCAUUUGACCAGAUUGCAACAUAUGGAGAGUUGACAAGCAGCGAGAGCCCAGUGAAAAUGUCGCUAUCAUCGAUGAAUGGUCCUGCUCAACCAAGCCCUGAAAAGCUUCCUGUUGUAAUUGCUUCACAUGAUGGUCUUUCCGAAAACAUUUCAAGUCAUUUGAAUUUGGUGUCAGGGCAGGCUGAAAAAAGUGCUGAGAAAAGUGAUGUUGAGUUAUCAAAUGAAAGACCACUCAUGAAUGUGCAGCAAGAACUUGGGGCGCCAAGUAAUACGAUAUUAUUCCAGCAUAAUCCAUUACAACAGCCUCCUCAAAUGGCACCUACAGGUGGAAAUAAUGCCUUAAACACAGUACCUGCUCAACAAUGCUUAGAGAUGCCACUUUUUCCUGCCUCUAACAGUCCAGGGUUGCAAUCAGUGCCACAAGCUUCAACAUUUCCCCAUCAGCUUCAGAGGUUACAUAUUUCAAGUGCAUCUUCUCAGCAACCACAGAACAUAGUUACUUCAGAGGCAUCGACUUUAGGAAGUUCUAAGGCCGUAACAACUUUGGACAUCACUGAAAUAUCUCAACAGUUGUCUUGGACAGAGGUAGAAGCUGACAGAAAUGAUUUAGAAGGGGGCCAUCAGGAAACAGAGAACUUCAAAUCUCCUGAUCUGGAAGAGCCUAAUGUUGAGAAAACUGACCCUUCCCAAGUUGCAGGGAAAGAGUCAGCAGGUGCAAUUGUUGCAGCUGAAGACCAAGAAAGGAGUGGACAUUUCACUCUUCAAAUGUCUGAUGCUGAGCCACUGUCAUCAGAAGGUUCAGGAUUUGAAACUUCCGAAAAGUCUGAAGAUAUUUUGGAAAUCCGCCCAAGUGAAGAGCCUAUUGAGGGUGGAUCGCCAUUUGUCCUAGUUUUUGGGCAGGCUCUUCCACUGGAAGUAAAGUCUGCCUGGGCAGAAUUUGGAGAGAAGGCUGUUGCUGACUUGGAAAGAAUUAAUGAUUUUAAUUUGAAAGGUCGAAUUCCGGCAUCUGAUAAGCCUGGCAAAGUAACUGUUACAGUGUAUUCUUCGACUGGAGGAAUUCUUGGAAAGACUGAUUUCGACUAUUACGAUCAAGAUAGGGAAACACUGUUACGACUGGUUAAAGAUCCAAAAUUACAAAGUGAGUUUUUCUGCCAUUGGGCUGAUUUUAUGGUUGAUAAAACGAAGAGAAGUGAAGGACAAGAUUUAUCGGAACCUUUGGCAGGUACGUUCUUGUAA